UCGCCCUCACUAUAGCCUGCAUUGGCACAAGCCUAACAUGGACUGCUAAAAAACCUUUGACAGCCUGGCGGCAAAACCCUCCCCAAUACCCAUUUCUCGCAAAUCCCCGCCACCCCCAUUUCCACCGCCAGAUUCGGUGCCGUCAGGAUCGAUUUCUUGUGCAUCUUGGAGCAUCUACAAGGGAGAAGUCUUGACAAGCGCAUGGGCGGAGGUGGAAAUGGGGAAUCGUGCGAUCUCCUCCAAGUCCUUUUUGAGGGGGCCUUGGCUGGAGGAGCUGCUGGUGUUGUUGUUGAAACAGCUUUAUAUCCUAUUGAUACAAUAAAGACCAGGCUUCAGGCUGCACAAGGCGGAAGUAAAAUUCAAUGGAAAGGCAUGUAUGAUGGGUUAGCUGGAAAUAUUGUCGGUGUUCUUCCCGCUUCUGCAAUUUUUGUUGGAGUAUAUGAACCAGCUAAAAGAAAACUACUGGAAUUGUUUCCUAAAAAUUUGAGCGCUAUUGCUCAUUUGACUGCAGGAGCAAUUGGAGGGGCUGCUUCUUCUCUCAUUCGUGUUCCCACGGAGGUGGUUAAACAAAGAAUGCAAAUGAGUCAGUACAAGACUGCACCUGAUGCCGUUCGCCUUAUCCUUGCUCAAGAAGGAAUUAAAGGUCUUUAUGCUGGCUAUGGUUCCUUUCUCCUGCGAGAUCUGCCAUUUGAUGCCAUUCAAUUUUGCAUAUAUGAGCAACUCCGAAUUGGUUAUCGAUUAACGGCUAAGAGGGAGUUGCACGACACAGAGACUGCAAUUAUUGGUGCUUUUGCUGGUGCCAUUACUGGCGCUUUAACCACACCCCUCGAUGUCAUGAAGACAAGAUUGAUGAUUCAGGGACAAACAAACCAAUAUAGAGGAUUCAUUGACUGUGCUCAAACUAUCAUGCGAGAGGAAGGUGCUGGCGCAUUUUUUAAGGGUAUCGAGCCAAGGGUACUAUGGAUUGGCAUUGGCGGGUCGAUCUUCUUUGCUGUUCUGGAGAAAACAAAAUCGGUUCUAGCUGAGAGGAAUACCCGUAGGUGAGAGGAUGAACGAAAGCUCUUGGCAUCGUGAUCAUUUCCCUAUGGCACGAGGCGGAAAUGCGCCUGGCCAGAUUUUGGAGCCCCAGUUUCCCAUUCUAUUCUGUUCCGUUUGAGCUACGUUGAUGGAGACUCAUGUUGCGUGAUAUUCCCUCUGUUUUUUUAUUCGUCGCUUUUUAGUUUAAAAAUAAACUAGCAGUUGACAAAUAUUCGAGAACGAGAUAAUACUAGCUAAGAUAGUUGGCCUUUUCAGGCAUUACGAUGAGCCUAGAGUAAGGUAACGUAGAAACAGCAACAAGCAAACUAGCACUACAACGAUAGUAAGGCUGUCUUCUAUCUUUUAUUUCAAAUAUUACUUGUGAACUGUAUAAUCUAUAAUACAAAAUAAAGUUUUACG